CGCACGGGCGACGAGGUGCGGCCCGUUUUUCCCGGCGUGCUCCGCGGCUCCCGGCUCACUCCUGCCCGGUGCCUGGUGGGAAAGGGCCGAAAUGGCCGGGGCCCGCGCUGGGGCUACUCGGCUGCUGCUGCUCUUGGUGAUGGCUGCAGCAGCCCCCAGCCGGGCGAGGGGUAGUGGUUGCAGGUCCGGGGCCUCUGUGCGGGGGGCUGGGGCUGAAAGUCGAGAGGGCGAGGGCUGCGGCACCGUGGGGCUGCUGCUGGAGCACUCAUUUGAGAUCGAUGACAGCGCCCACUUCCGGAAGCGAGGCUCAUUGCUCUGGAACCAGCAGGAUGGCACUUUGUCUCUGUCACAGCGGCAGCUCAACGAGGAGGAGCGGGGCCGCCUCCGGGAUGUGGCAGCGCUGAACGGCGUGUACCGUGUCCGGGUCCCACGACGACCUGGGGCCCCUGAUGGCCCAGAAUCCGGUGGCUACGUCUCCUCCUUUGUCCCCGCAUGCUCCCUGCUGGAGUCUCACCUCUCGGACCAGCUGACCCUGCACGUGGACGUGGCCGGCAACGUGGUGGGUGUGUCGGUGGUGACACACCCCGGGGGCUGCCGGGGCCACGAGGUGGAGGACGUGGACCUGGAGCUGUUCAACACCUCCGUGCAGCUGCAGCCGCCGGUCCCCGCCCCAGGUCCAGAGACAGCGGCCUUCAUCGAGCGUCUGGAAAUGGAGCAGGCUCAGAAGGCCAAGAACCCCCAGGAGCAGAAGUCCUUUUUCGCCAAAUAUUGGCACCUCAUCCUGGGGGGGGCCGUGUUGCUCACAGCCCUGCGUCCUGCCGCCCCCGGGCCUGCACCGCUGCCGCAGGAGGCCUGAUGGAUGUACAUCAUUCCCGUGGUCCUCUUCCUCAUGAUGUCGGGAGCACCAGACGCUGGGAGCCAGGGUGGGGGUGGCGGCGGGGGCGGCGGCGGAGGCGGUGGCCGCUGAGGGGCCCGUGAGCGCCCAGCGGGUCCUGGGGUGGAUCCAGCCCUCCGGUCUCCCCGGCCCAGGAGGGUGGGGUGCACCUGGCGUUCCCGUCCGCGGGGAGUGGCUGGGUCUGGGCCUCGCUGCACCCCACUUUCCCCGUGGCCCCGAUGUACCGCAGAGGCUUCCCUUGGCUGCAGGAUGGAGCCCGAGUUGCCCGUCCAGCGCUGAGCUCACGCCGGUUCCCUCCCCGCUGCCACCGCUGCGGCCGCCGGGCCCUGCACUUUGGGGCCGUGCUGAGUUCUCAGCCUCUGUGCCUUUGUUCGUGGUCUCCUCGCCCCGCCUGGCCCUGGCUUGGGGUGCCGGCACCCUGGGGCUCCUCGGCAGCCCAGAGCUGGCACAGAGCAGGGGUGGGCGGGCCCUGGGGACCCCCAGCUCCACUCGGGGGAGCAGCCCUGUACCUGCCCACAGCCCUGCGCUCUGAACGGGGGUUGACCCAGCCAUCAGGAUGCCGGGCCCUCCAGAGGCUUCUGGGCUUGAAGAAGUGAAGGUGAACAUCAAAGCACCGUGGCGUCAGGGGCCAGACGAUGUAGCUAGAACCCCUCUCGGCCUGGAAUGUCUUCCUGGGACUUGGCUGGGGCUUUGCUGUUUGUGUGCCCUCCCCCCCCCCCCGUUUAUUUAAAAAUUUAAAAACACUGACGAGACACCAUAUGGAAACGGAGAAACAUUUUGGAGGCGGUCAGGUGGUGCAGAUGUUACCGUGUCCUGCGGGCCCGUUGUCGGGGUCUGCGAUGUGGCGACGCCCAAAUGGCCGCCGUUGUCGUGGUAGCGGUUUAUUAAAACUGUCCCCCAGUGUGGACCCUCCA